GUGUCAUGUCAUUUUUUCAUUUCCUAUUUGAUUAAUAGUAUAGUGGGCCGUCCUAUUCUUUUGUGAUUGUUACAAUAAAUAAAGCGUUAUGAUGGCUGAGGAUACGACAGCCGACGCGACUAGAAGAUUAAACGUUAAGAAACAAACAUUAGACGACGCUUACGCGGCGCCGGCGAAUUUCCUCGAGAUUGAUGUUGUGAACCCUGUUACGUCUAUGGGUGUCGGAAAAAAACGCUAUACGGAUUACGAAGUUCGCAUGAGGACGAACCUACCAGUGUUUAAAGUAAAGGAGUCAAGCGUGAGACGGCGGUAUAGUGAUUUUGAAUGGCUAAGAAACGAACUGGAGAGAGACAGUAAGAUUGUGGUACCACCUUUGCCUGGCAAAGCUCUAAAGAGACAGCUACCAUUCCGCGGCGAUGAUGGUAUAUUUGAAGAGGAGUUUAUUGAGGAUCGCAGAAAAGGCCUAGAAGUAUUUAUCAACAAGAUCGCCGGUCACCCACUAGCCCAGAACGAGCGGUGCCUUCACAUGUUCCUGCAAGAACAAGUCAUCGACAAGAACUAUGUACCAGGCAAGAUACGGAACACAUAAUAGCCAACGUUCGAACUUGCCGCCUUCGACUUUUAAGGCAAUUCUCUUUACGUUAUAAAUUGCCAGUUAAAAAAAUCCUCUUUGAGGUUAUUCCAUUCCAGUGAAUUCGAAUUUUAAAUCAACCACCACCACUCGAAAGCACACUAUAUAAUUAUCACGACUCACAAACUUCGUGCCCAACAGUGGGACGUUUAUGGACUGUUAUAAUGAUAAUGGUUCACAAAAUAUUGUUUCAGUAUAAAACAGGAGUCAUGGGCGUAACUAGAAGGCCAUAUACCUUCCUUUCCCUCCCCCUCGUCUACCCUUCUUUACUAAAGAAUUUUCCGAAAAAAAAAUAGUUAAUAACAAUGUUAGCAAAGGCGAACUUAUCUCUAAAAGAGAUUUGUUCCAGUCAACCUAAUAUUACAUAUUUUAUUUCUUUCUUAUGAUAUAUUUAUAUAUUUGCUAUUUAUACAGCAUUCAGCAUAUGUCUGUAGUCACAAGCUACAUAUAUUGUUGUGAAAUGUUCAAUUAAAAACAUUUUUAUACUUUAUAUAUAUAUAUAUAUAUA